AUGCCAAGAUCACAAGAAAUUCGGGAAGAGCAAGUCAAAUUCUUGAAGACAUACCCAGACCCUCGUCCGUUGAACUUCUUUGUGGAGUUCAAAUACCGAAAAAGGUUAGCUGGCUAUAAUGAUUAUAGUUUAUGUUUGGACAACGCGUUAAAAGAUGCUCCUGAAUCGGAAAAGCUGUUGGAUUUACGAAAAAAUUUUAAUGGUAAUGACUAUAAAGACGACUGGAAGCAAUAUGAGGAUUGGAAAAAACGGGAGACACAUGCUUCAUUUCAUACACUAUUAGACGAUGGUAUCGAUGGUGGAAAAUCGAAACGAACCAACGAAAACCCGACGGAAAACGAGGACAUCGGUAUUGAGGAUGUGGAUAAUAGUGAAAAUGAAGUGGGAAAAUUUAAUGAGGCGAUAGUAGAUGUCUUAGGGAAUGCCGUUGAAUACUCGGAAUUAGCGGAAAAAAUUUGUUCGAUUUAUACGGAACAAUAUCCUGAUGGAGAUUUGAUCGACCUUCGCCCAUGUUCAUCUUUCUUCAAAAUGCUUCCAAGAUCGAUAGCAAAGUCAUACCUAUCAGAAAUGGACAUUAUAACGGAAUCGUUAAUUCCUGAUGAUGUGCACCAAUUCCUAGUACAAUUCUUCUCACAAAAUAUUUCUGAUAACGAUUGGCAAAUUAAAAUUGAUGAUUUACGAUCCUCAGAGCAAAACAAUCUAAUUACUGCACUAGUACGAAUUUUACGUCGUACAUUACCACAGUUCGUGAAAGCGUUUUCACUUGGAGCUCAAAACCCUCUUCAAAGCAUUGCAACAAUCGAGCAAGCGCACCUUAACGCGUUUGUUCAUCCAUGCCUAGAUAGUGCUUUAUGGAACGUAGCGAAAAUACAUUACGAAUAUGGCGAGAUUCCCUCGAAAAACCAUAUUAAUAAGAACCGUGCAGAUGGCCCAGUUGCGAAGCAAGAUAAAGAAAUCGCUGACGCUGAAAAAAUUGCCCGCAAUCUGAAAAAAAUAUUUUCAAAAAUUGUAAAAGAAGUAAUCAAAAAUCGUAGGCGUUUACCAAAGAGGCUGUUUAUAUUUGACGCACAGAGUUUUCGACUACGUCUUCAUUUAUAUUAUCUUGAUUACUGUGGAAAUUUUCGACUAAAUGAGGUUGAUAACGCCAACUUACCACGGGAUUUUUCGGAGAUGCAAGAUUUUGUAUAUUUUUACGAAUGUAUAUUGAAAUGGGCGUUGUUAGUUCAGGACGUAAUAAAAUCCUUUGACGAUGCAAGAUCCGAAAAGAGACCCUCCCGGUUCUCAUAUGCGAAUUCCCUUCUUCAACUAGAUGAAUGA